UUUGCCUUCACCAACUUUGAAAGUUUAGAGAGAGAAAGAGAGCCGCAGGCAAGCAGUUCGAAGGGACAGUUGCAGAGAGACAGGAGAGAGUGAUUUUUAGAGAGAGAAAACCAUUGCAGAGAGGUGAGGGAACUUAGAGAGAGCGAAAAUGGAAGGGGACACGCCCCCAUUUUGGCUUAACCAAGAACCAAACCCCUAUCGUCGCCAUCGCCACCACCACCCUUCGUCCUUCUUACUAAAACCACCAGUUCUGGUGGCGUUCUCUAUCUUCCUCCUCCUCUUCAUAGCCAUUCUCCUCCCUUCUCUCUCUUCUCUCUCUAAGCUUUUCAAGAGAUCAACCGUGGCCAAGUCAUGGGAUGUUCUGAACCUCUUCCUGGUCCUCUUUGCCAUACUCUUUGGCCUCCUCAGUCGACGCUCUUCUCCAGAUUCAGGGACCUCUUCUCCCUAUGCUACCAAGCUUUUUGAAUUUUCUGGCAACCUGUCUGACUAUUCCGGACAAAAUUUGGCCGGAAUUUCAGAGAAUCCGGCCACAGUUUCAGAGAACACGACUAUGACUGGAGGGUGUCAAGCUGGGGUUGCAGAGCAUGAGGAGAAGAGGAGAGAUGAGGAAAAUGGCGAAACUGAAGAAACCCAACCUGACGAAAUUCAUGUAGAGAAGAGCCGAUCUUCUGGUUUUGUUGGAUCUUCACCGGAAAAACCAGAGAUCACCAGAAAAACUCAUGAUCAGGGUGCUUCGAGCUCUGGCCAUCGUGGAAUGAGGCGGAUGAGGAACAGUAGCUCGUACCCGGACCUCAUUGAAGCCAGGUUUGACCAUGAGAAACCUCCAUUGAGGGCUUUUGAUGAUACCCAUCUAAAGGGUAGAGAGAGAAAGCCUGGGGAUGAUUCCCAUCGGAAGUCUAGAGAGAGAAAGCUUGAAGACAAUAAAAGUAUGGCCGAAAUCCAUCGGGAUGGACCGAAAGUUAAGAACAUCUCUCUAGACCCUGCAUCGAUCCGUCCGAAAAAACCCACUCUCUCUCCUCCCAACAAAUCAGAGUCGUUUCUCUCGCAGCCUGAUUACUUUCUUUCUCUAGAUUGGAAAAAGGGGAAGGAGUUUUUACCUCCUCCACCUUAUGCAUCGCCGCCGCCGCCACCACCACCACCACCACCUCCUCCUCCUCCUCCAUUGAAAAGCAAAAACAAAACAAGCGUAAGAAACGUCAUUAAUGCAAUCUACCAUUCAUCAUCUUCUUCUGAGAAGAGGAGAAAGAAGAACUCAUCUUCAACACCACCUACCCCUCCUCCUCUCCCUUCAUCUCUUCACAACUGGUUCACUAAUAGAGGCAAGAGCAAAAAGAAAAGCAACUCUCUCUCAUCGAACCAGAAGGCCCACUCUCUCUCUACACCAUCCAGCCGGAAGGUACACUCUCUCUCUACCCCACCUCCUCCGCCUCCUCCCCCACCAACGAGUGGCCGCUCCCUCUCGACCUCAUUGAACAGUGGCCGCUCCCUCUCUAGUUCAUUGCACAAGGAGGCUCAUUCUCUAUCUACAGCUCACUCCUACUCUCCUCCACCACCACCACCUCCCCCAACGAGUGGUCAUCAAAGAAGGAUUUCUAUGCCCCCACCAAGGCCACCACCUCCCCCGCCACCUCCUCCUCCAAUGUGGGUUUUAAAGGAUGAAGCAGUGGAGAAUUUGCAGGCAAUGGAUACUCAGGUUGAAUUGGAAGCCAUGAAAGGAGAAGAAGCUUCUAGGUCAAUCGGGCCUUUGUUUUGUGAAAGCCCCGAUGUCAACAGCAAGGCUGAGGCGUUCAUUGCUCAGUUUCGUGAGGGGCUUCGGCUUCAAAAGAUGAAUUCCAUUAGGAGGAGGAAUGAGAGAGAAGGUGAAGAUAGGUUGAACUAAGAAUUGGGUUUGUGUUGUUUUAGGAAUGAGAGAGAGGGAUUGGUUUUGGUUUACUGUCAAGAACUUCAGAGGAUUGAGUUAAAGUUACAUAUAGAGAGAGAAAAUUAGGGUGGUUUACUAUACAAGAAGCUUGCUGGCCUUCAAUGGAGGUAAUGGAGAAAUUCUGAAUUGGAUUUGUGUUGUUAUGCUUAGAAGAGAUUUCAAAGAGCAUCACUUCAAUGGAGUUCAAGACAGAAAAAAUUUAAAACUGGUUUUGUGUUCCUGGAGUGAGAAAAAGAAGGACAAAGGGUUUGUUUUUGUCACUUUCGAGGAAGCUUGAGGGCUGAGUUUUUUCUGGGGUUUCCUUAUGCUUUCUUCUUUGCUGAAAUUUCUGGCCUAUUUGUUUUCCACAAGUUGUUUCAUAUAUUUUAUCUUUCAAAUGUAUACAUUCAUACACUUAGAAUCAUUGUUUAUUGUUUAGACUGGUUGUAUAUCUGAUUUGCUUAAA